AGUGGGGCGAGGCCCUACCCACCCGCCGUGGGGGCGCCUCCGGUCGACGUUUGUUUGGGGGUCGGGAUCCGGUCCCUAGUGUAUGAAGAGUAGGCAUCAAAUAAUGUCCUCUGAAAUGUUGCCAGCAUUUAUUGAGUCUUCUAAUGUUGAAAGAAAGCAAAGUUUAAGUGAAGAUCAAGAGAAGAGCCAGAAGCCAAGAUUAGGUGAACGGUUUGAACCAAUAUCUAAACGACAGAUGAAGAAGCUAAUUAAACAGAAACAGUGGGAAGAACAACGAGAACUCCGCAAACAAAAGCGAAAGGAAAAACGCAAAAGAAAACAAUUAGAGCGACAGUGUCAACUGGAAUCAAACUUAGAUGGAAAUGACAGAAAACGUAUCCGAAGGGAUGUUGUUCACAGCACACUCCGCCUUAUCAUUGACUGCAGUUUUGACAGCCUAAUGGUAUUAAAGGACAUUAAGAAACUUCAUAAGCAGAUUCAGCGAUGUUAUGCAGAAAAUCGACGGGCACUGCAUCCUGUGCAGUUUUACUUGACAAGUCAUGGAGGCCAGUUGAAAAAGAACAUGGAUGAAAAUGACAAAGGAUGGGUCAACUGGAAGGAUAUCCACAUCAAACCAGAGCACUAUAGUGAAUUCAUAAAGAAAGAAGACCUGAUUUAUCUAACAUCAGACUCACCUAAUGUACUGAAGGAAUUAGAUGAAUCAAAGGCCUAUGUGAUUGGAGGAUUAGUGGAUCACAACCAUCACAAGGGACUCACAUAUAAACAAGCAUCAGAUCAUGGAAUUGAUCAUGCACCUCCCCUUGGAAAUUUUGUGAAGAUGAAUAGUAGAAAAGUUUUGGCAAUUAAUCAUGUGUUUGAGAUUAUUCUGGAAUAUCUGGAAACCAGAGACUGGCAAGAAGCAUUUUUUACUAUCUUGCCCCAACGGAAAGGAGCUGUACCCACAGACAAAGCCUGUGAAAGUUCUUCACAUGAUCUGAAAUCUGCCAGGAUUGAAGAUGGGUUGGACAGUGAUUCCAGUGAGGAGGACAAUAGCAGAAAUGAACUAGAGUCACCCCACGAAGAAGAAAAGCAGGAUAAAGAAAAUAGCAGUGAAUCUACAGUGAACUCAAUACCACACUAAUGUCAUUGUUGUUUUUUGUUUUGUAUUUUAGUUUUUGUUUUUUUAGUUUAAGGAAAACUUAGGAGAAAAUGAGGUGCUUCAUAGAAUAUUCUAAUUGGAAGAAAAUUUUAUUUCCUCUUAUUUCUGUUAGUGAAUUUUUAAAACUUUUUUUACAGCUAAGUGAUAAAAAGCCCUUAUAAGAAGUAUUUUUUGUUUUUGCAUAAAAUUUAAAUGUUUAAUUUUUAAAGUAGUUUUCUAAGUCUCAGUGGUUUCUUGAGAAUUUUACUUUAUUGGUAAACUUUCAUUCUCUUUUAUUUACUUGAUUAUAUUCUUUAGAAUGUGCCUUCUGACCUUUCAGGUUUUUUUUUUUUAAUGUUUAUAUCAAAUAUCUUUCUGAUUUAUUGCCUACUUAGUUGUGGAGAUAGGUAUUCAUAAAUCUCCUGUAAGUCUACCAAAAUGUUCUGUAUGGGAGGUUACCUCCUAUUUGCAGCUUUUUUUUUUAAUUCAACUCAGUUACUUCAAAGGAAUAUAGUUAAUUUUAGAAAGAAGUAUUAGAUUGAUAAAACUCAACAAAUUAUUUCUUUUGGACUAUGGAGCCCAUCUCUGUUCCUCCUCUAUGAUGCCUUUCAUGGUCUAAAGCAGUCACUGGAGAGUAAAGAAUCUCCUUAAUGUAUUUUAAUUUCAGUAAUGAUGGUAAAUUAUUUAAAUUACAGAAUUUAAUUUUUCAGGAUAGAUUAUUUUGAAAGGCUGUUGAGAAUCAAUUUUGUCUUAAAUUUAAAAGGAAAUAGCUCUUAGCUAUCAUUUUCUUCUAUAUGUACUUUUAUUAAAAAAUAUUUGUUCUUAAAGUGAAUAAAGUUAACUUCAUUAUAUGUGCAUCUGUCUACUAGCAUAUAAUGUGCAAGCUAAUAUAACUUUCUGUAAAUAAGCAUGUAUGAAAAUAUAUAUAUAAUUGUGUGUGUGUAUAUAUAUAUCUAUAUAUCUGUAUCUGUCCACAAUCAUGUAUGAUUCUCAGUUAUCAAUAACAGGACUGAGUUGCCAAAUACCUGUGUUAUUUGCAUAAAUGGUUGUGUCGAACAACCCUAAGAAUUUGAUUUUCAGAAAGUGCGAAAAUCCGUAACUAAACAUUUGUAUGAGGACAUUGGCAAAGGAAGAUGGGGCUAAAAGGAGAUGUUUUCAUUUUCUACUGGUAAAUGUAGAGCAGUUUACAUUUAAAGUAGUGACUGUUCUUUGUCACAGCUAAAGUAGGAUUUCAGAAGCCUUCACUGAGUUUGUAUAAAGUUUUUGUUCUUUUCACUCAUUGGCAUUUCAGAUAAUGUACACAUUUGGUAGAAAGUUCAUUAGGUUUAGUAUUGAUGUUCACUGUCUCUUACUUUUUUGGUUGCUUUAUUCUUAGUAAUCUAUUAUAGCUAUUCAUUUAAAAUAAGGUCUUAGAGCAUGGUAUAUAAAUAAAGAAAAGCCCCUAUAAUUCUAGAAGAUCAAAGCUUAUGUAUUAAGUUGUAUUUUUCAAAGGUUCAGGUUUUCCUGAGUAAAUAUGGUUCAGUAGUAUGAAAUCCAGUUGACCCUUGAAAAGUGUGGGGGUUAGGGGUACCGACCCCCCACAUAGUUGAAAAUCCAUGUGUAACUUUGUCCCCAAACUUAAUAGCCUACUAUUGACCAGAAAUCUUACUGAUAAUAUAAACAGUGUAUUAACACAUAUUUGUAUGUUAUAUGUACUAUAUACUAUAUUCUUAAACUAGAGGAAAUGUUAAGAAAAUUGUAAGAGAAAAUAAAUUUACAGUACUGUACUAUGUUGAAAAAAUUUCCCAUGUAAGUGGACCCUGCAUUUCAAACCUUUCUUUUUCAGAGGUCAACUAUAUUAUGCCUUUUACUUAAAUUAUUUGAUAUGGAAUGAGGCACAAGUUAAUUCUGAAAUGUGGGAGAAAAGUCAUUAAAGGCACUGUGUAGUUUUAAUUGUCA